AUGCCCACGUUUCAAGCCCCACGCGGCACCGCUGACCGCCUCCCGGCAGAGCAGAAAUACUGGCGGUACUUAGAAGACAAGGCCGUCAGUGUGGCGCGCCGUUUUGGUUACGGUCGGAUUGACAGUCCCAUGUUCGAGGACGCCAGGCUGUUCGUUCGGGGCAUUGGUGAAGGCACCGAUAUUGUUGAAAAAGAGAUGUACGUGUUUGAGGACCGCGGCGGUGACUUGGUGACGCUGCGGGCCGAGGGCACCGCGCCCGUCUGCCGCGCGUACCUUCAGCACGGGAUGCACAAUCAAACGCAGCCGGUUCGAAUGUAUUACCUGUGCCCGGUGUUCAGAUACGAACGCCCCCAGGCCGGCCGUUUUCGGCAGCACCAUCAGUUUGGCGUCGAAGCCAUCGGUGACGGCGAUCCGUCCGUCGAUGCGGAGGUCAUCGAGGUGGCGUGGACAUUUGUUCACGACAUUGGCCUGUCCGACGUGACGUUGGUGACCAACAGCAUCGGCGACGAGCAGUGCCGCCCACAAUACAUCGCCGCACUGAAAAACUAUUUCGACAACAUGCAGGGGCACCUUUGCCAGGAUUGCCGAACGCGCCUGGAGCGCAAUCCCCUGCGGCUGCUGGACUGCAAGGUUGGAACCUGCCGGGCGCUGGGUGAAGACGCCCCGAAAUCGGUCGAGUGCCUGUGCGCCGAUUGCCAGUUACACUGGGAUCGGGUGCGAAGUUACCUGGCGGCCAACGGUAUCGUGCAUCGGGUGGACCAUCGGCUGGUUAGAGGGCUGGACUACUACACCCGCACUGUUUUCGAAAUACAGCCGGCGAUCGAGGGUGCGCAGUCAACGAUAUGCGGCGGUGGCAGGUACGAUGGCUUGAUCGAACAACUGGGUGGUCGCCCUACGCCCGGGAUCGGUUUCGGCAGUGGGAUCGAGCGGCUAACGUUGAACCUGCAGCGGGCCGAAAUUUCGGUACCCGACGAACCAGCGCCGCGUUAUCUGAUCGCUACUAUUGGCGAUGACGCCAGAGUAGCUGGCGUGCAUCUGGCCCACCAGAUGCGAAAUGCCGGAGUUGGAGCCAUAUUGGCCAACGGUGGCCGGGCUUUGCGCGGACAGAUGCGCCAGGCCAGCGCGCUUGGUGUCGAAAUGGUGUUGAUUUUGGGCGAGGAUGAAGUUCGCGAUGGCACGGUGGCGGUGCGGGACAUGAACACGUCCAACCAACAGACCCAAAAUGUUGGCGAGUUUCUGUCCCAGAUCUCCGGUUGA